AUGAGCUGCUUCUCGAUGCUCUUCGUCCUGCUCGCCGCCAUCCUCGUUACGUGUAAUGCGUGAGUUCCCUCUUCCCGUCCCCGUCCGUAUCGUCCGUUUUCCCUCAGUUUCUACAUCAACCCGGAUUACUACUAUGUGGAGCAACUGCCGACGAUGAAGAAAUCGGGACAGCUCCGAGCACUGGCCGGCUCGCGAAACUGUUUCUUCUCGCCCGUCAACUGCAUCAUCACGCACGACCUCAACUCGUACCGCAAGAUCGCCAAGGGAUCCAGCUACGCGUGA